AUGGACUUCGAGCUCGUCAAGCCCAAUAUGCCGAUGUCGCCAUUCGCAGGCAGCGUCGACUCCCUCCCCAUUCCAAGUCCGAUUAGGAGCGACGGCUUCUUGCGCACGGACAGCCCCGCGAUGUCGACGACGUCGGGCUCGAGUAGCCUCCGGAUCCCGAUGGACUUAACUCCGAACGAGACAAAGUCGCCCAAGGAGAUCAGCGAGAUGACGGCGCACCGGCACCGCGAGCAGCGCUGGAUCGCGGCCAUGGCGGCGAUCCCGGCUGCACAGAUGCGCAAGAGCAAGAAGAUUCGCAAGCUCGUGCUCGAGGGCGUGCCCGCGUCAGUGCGGUAUCAGGUGUGGGCGGCGCUGGCGGAUAGUAAAGGGAAGCGGAUGGACGGGCUGUAUCAGCGGCUCGCGCAGCGCGAGAAGGUGCCGGCGUUCGCGGAUAUCGAGCGCGAUAUUCGCGAGAGCUUUAUGGACCGGCCGGAGUUACAGGACGGAUCGCUCGCGAAGAUGCUACAGGCUUACCUGUGCAUGGUUCCGGACGUCCAGUACAGCAAAGGACUCGCCCUCAUUGCCGGACAGCUGCUUCUGCAGUCGCCCGAGGAGGACGCGUUCUGGACGUUCAUCUCCCUGAUGGACAGCCACCUCCGCCCGUACUUCUCGACCUCUGUGCAACUUGAGGUCGACGCGUCGCUCUUCGCGAAAGCGCUCGAGGCGAACGACCCCGCGUCUGCGAAGAAAGUCUUCGGCGAUAUGGCGAUCUCGCCUGCGGCUGUUUGUCGUCCAUGGUUCAUGGCCGUCUUCGCGGCGACGCUCCAGCCCGACUACUUGCUGCGCGUUUGGGACGUCUUCCUGUUCGAAGGUGUAACAUUCCUAUUCCGUGUCGGCCUCGCUAUCUUCGCCGGCUGUCGCCGUCUUGUUCUCCAGUCCACCUCCCCCGACGACGUACUCAACACGCUCUGCCAUCCUCCACCUACCGCGCUGCCCCUCAACCCCGAGGCGUUCAUCGAGCUCGCGCUCUCCGUCAAGCUCAAGGACGACGACGUUCGCAAGCAGCGCAACAAGCUCGAGGCGCAGGUCAAGCGGCGCACACAACCGCGCGCGUCGCCGCUCACCUCCACACCGACCAUCUCGCUGCCCAAAAGCUGA